GUUCUGAAAGUCUGAGAGUGGUCGAGCGGAUGCAUUGUACACUAGACGACGGUCGAACAGAUUUGCUUGAAAUCAAAGCACUCAGACAUGGGUCCUUAUGGUGCCUGGGAGCAAUGCAAGGGCGGCAGUGGGGUCCUGUGGAGAGCAGGGCUCUUCUGGCAUGCCUUUGUCAUGCAUCCUGGGUUUACAAGAGAUGGUGUGAGGGAAGCUGUUGAGCAAGACACCUGGUGUGAGGCUGAAUGUGGCAGCCCCCUUUGCUUUUGCUCUCCAUUUGUUACAGGCGCUCGUGCCAACAAAUCUUUAGUAUUUGAGGUAUCUGAUGUCGCGAAGGUUUGGGGCAGCAUCUUUGAUGGACCAAUGCGUUUAUAAGGCACGGUGCAGGCAGGUACCUUUGGCAUCAGGUCUUGGGACAGUGUAUUGAGUGAUCAUUGUCUUGAGAGAAUAAGGGGCCUCAGUAGGGCAGAUUGUAUGGUCAUGAAUGAUUGGAAACGGUCACUGGCCAGUUAAUAUGGUACUAUUGGAGAGGUUGUGCUAAGAUUGUGUGGUGGAUGUGUACUGUGUGUGUUUGAGCGUUGUCGAGUCUGUGCCAGAAUGUGUGUGGAUCCUUGCAUCUAAUGAAUUUUAACGCUUGGAAUGUAAAGUUGCAGUCUGAUCUC